AUGUCUUGUUGCAGCCGAAAAUUCUGCAUGUUGACGUACAUUACUACAUUUACCAUUUAUUUCACACGUGGUGGCAAAAAACUUCUUAAAAUGAUCUCGUUGUGCUGUCGAAACAGAAAGCCUCUUAUUGACGUGCAAAAUAUUUUCCUUUGCAGAAAGUCAUUGAGUUCAAAAAAUAGAGCAUUAGAAGAAACUACCGAAGUCGAUACAGAUUCAAAUGGAAAUAAUCAGCCUGGUUUUUAUAUAGACGCACGUUACAAAGUCCCAUCAGUGAGCAGGGCGGCAAAAGUGAAAAUCACUAACAAAGAAAUUGAAAAUAAAAUUAUAUACAAUUCUUUUGUGGAUUCAUUUGUAGACAGAUCUCCAUUCAUGGACCGUGUGAGGAAGUAUAAAAAAAUUAACACUCAAGAAAGAAUACAAAAACAAAAUGAAUUACUUACAAAAGAAGUUGAAUCCAUUGCUGCAUCUUUAUUGACAGGUGAUGCUCUACAUAUGAACUUUGAAGAACAAAAAAAUGAAGAACUGAGCCAAGAAGAAAGUGACAGUGUUUCAUUUCCAUAUUUAAGACCUACACCGACCAAUCAAAAACUGCAAAACUAUAAAGAAAAAAUAGCCAAACUCCACGAAUUGCAUUUGAAAGAUGAGUUAAGUUAUGGAAACCCAAAUCCUAGCAUCCCUGUCAGCAAGAUCCCCUGUGGAGGCUGUGGUGCUAUGCUUCAUUGCCAGAGCUCAUCAAUUCCUGGCUAUUUACCAAGUGAAAUAUUUACCAGUUUUACAACCCAUGAGCUGCGGGGGAAAAUUUGCCAAAGAUGCCGGUUUCUCCGGGAACAUGACAUCGCCCUUAACGUGAAUGUCAGUCCAGAAGAUUAUCCAAAAGUUAUCUCUGUCAUUCGUGACAAGGUAGCCAUGGUUGUUCUCGUUGUAGACCUGCUCGAUUUCCCGUGUAGCAUUUGGCCAGGUUUGCUUGACAUCAUUGGCACCAAGCGUCCUGUGUGUGUGGUAGGUAAUAAAGUGGACCUGAUACCACAGGACAGUAGAGGCUAUUUGGACCACAUGAAAAAAUGUCUUGUAAAUGAGCUUGAGAAAAGUGGAAUCCGUCGUGCCAACAUCAAACAUGUCUCUCUCAUCAGUGCCACCACUGGAUUUGGUGUUGAAGAGCUCAUAACUAAAAUUCAGAACUCAUGGGGAUUACAAGGAGAUGUUUAUCUGUUGGGAUGCACCAACGUCGGCAAAUCUUCACUGUUUAACGCUCUCAUUAGCUCCGACUUCUGUAAAACGCAAGCCAUUGAUUUACUGGAGAGAGCCACUGUCUCCGCUUGGCCAGGAACUACCUUAAACUUGCUGAAAUUUCCAAUGUUACGCCCGACAGCUAUCCGAUUGCGUGAACGCACACUUCGUUUGAUAUCAGAAAAUAGAUUGCGCCGUGCCGAAGAGAAACUAAGGAAAGAAAAGUUAAAAGAAACCCGUAAUCGCGCGUUUGCCACGCUGAUAGGCCACAUCGGACGAACAUUUACAGCUAAGAAAAAAGAAGAAAUCGAAUCCACCGAUCCCUUUUCCACGAGAGCGGAUAAAAUACCUAGUGAGGACACAAAUAAUUUUAAUCCGAACCAUAAAGACUUUGCUGAAAGUAAAUGGUGCUACGACACGCCUGGAACAAUCAGUCCAAGCCAGAUUUUGACCUUGCUCACAUUAGAGGAGUUGAUGCUUACGCUUCCGAAAAAACUUAUUAAGUCACGAACAGUAUUGCUAAAACCUGGAAUGACAUAUUUUUUGGCUGGAUUAAGUAGAAUUGACUACCUUGAAGGCCCUCAUUCACUAUUGUUGACUACACUGUCUUCCAGACAUCUUCCAUUAACGCUGGUUAAUUGUGAAGAUGCUGAUAAAGUUUAUUCGGAACUUCUUGGAAGCCGAUUAUUGGCCAUUCCUUGUGGAAGCGAACAGCGAUUGAAACAGUGGCCCGGACUCGCUAGCAAAGACGUAACAUUCAAAGGUGUUGGGUGGAAAGAAUGUGCCGUGGACAUUGUCUUGUCGUCUGCAGGUUAUGUUGCCGUGACAGGCGAGGAAGAUACAGAAUACAAUUUGAAAGUAUAUACACCUUAUGCUAGAGGCAUCUACAUUCGCUCACCUCCAUUACUGCGUCACGCUGUAAUGCUGCGUGGGAACCGUUUAAGUUCGAGUCAAGCCUUUUGUAACAAUCGUCUAAUCUUAAAGUGAGACUAAUUGUAAGAAUAGAUCUAAUCAGCAAACAUCUAUAAGGUGUGAAAUCCAUCGGGUAAUUUAUUCCGUAAAUGGAUAACAAAGUCUUACGAAUCAUCGACAUUGUAUACUAAGAAAGCGGAAAGUAUUAAACAUGUAUCCAUUA